CACCUGGAGCGCAGAGGGCUUCAGGAAGCGACCAUGACGCCUCGGAGAUACGAGAGACAGUACCUGCCAACAAAGACCAUGAAAAAGAGGAAGGCGAUGCUGAUGGCGUCCAAAGUCCAAUAGCUGAAACAGUUCAAGACGAACAGUUGGAGCCAGUAGAAGCUAGCCGCUCGAAGGACACGGAAAGCCGUGAGGGUGUUUCGGAACCUCACGGAACAAGCGAAACACUUGCUUCUUCGGACGAACAGUUGGAACCAGUAGAAGCUAGCCGCUCGAAGGACGCGGAAAGCCAUGAGGGUGUUUCGGAACCUCGCGGAACAUGCGAAACAGUUGCUUCUUCAGACGAACAGUUGGAGCCAGUAGAUGCUAGCCACUCGAAGGACACGGAGAGACAUGAGAGUGUUUUGGAACCUCACGGAACAGGCGAAACAGUUUCUUCAGACGAAGACCGUCCAUGUCAGCCAAGUAUGGAGUUCCCUAUUACGUCGGGUCGACGUUUUCGGUAUGAAUGGUUCAAAUCAUUCAAGUUUCUCUCUUACGACAUUGGGAAGGAUGUUGUUAAGUGUCACACCUGUUUGACAGCAGUGAGAAAAGGGCUGAUGAAAAAAACUUCUUUCCGAGAAACCGCUUUUCUGGAGGGCUUCUCUCACUGGGGAAAAGCAACAACCAAGUUCAGAGAGCAUGAAAAGUCAACCGCACAUCAGAGGUCCACUGAAAAGCUUGUCUUGUCGACUACACAGCCCAUCACAGCGAUGGUGAAUGAUGCUACUCAAUCGGAGCGAAAACGCAACACCGAAACCUAUCUUCAGAUUAUCAGCGUACUCAGGGGACUGGCCCGGUCUGGGGUAGCUGUUAGGGGUCAUUCUGAGCUUGAUGGUAAUCUUACCAAGCUUCUGGAGGAGAAAGCAGCCCUGUCGCCUGAAGUGAAACAGUGGAUGGAGAGAAAAACAAACUUUCUUACUCAUGAUUGUCAGGACGAAAUAUUUGAAAUCAUGGCCAAAAUGAUUCAGCGGCAGCUCGUUGAGGAGAUGAAAGACAGCGGGUGGUUUUCCAUUAUAGCAGAUGGAACGACAGAUGUCGCGGGCAAGGAACAGAUCUGCGUGUGUUACAGGUUCGUCAAUGAUAAAUUGGAGGCACAGGAAGUGUUCUUAGGCCUCUAUGCUGCGCCAGACUCCACGGCCGCGACCCUCACCAAAGUGCUGCUGGAUGCCACGCAACGUCUUGUCGGUGGUAUAAGCCAUCUGCGCGGAAUGUGCUUCGAUGGAGCUAGCAAUAUGUCUGGUCAAAUAUCUGGUGUUCAAGCACGACUAGCCUCAAUGCAGCCGAAGGCUAUCUUCGUGCAUUGUUUUAAUCACUCUCUCGAUCUGGCCCUGGUGGAGGAAGCAAAACAGGUGCCAAUGAUCGCCGAUGUCAUGAACAUCGUGCGGGAUGUGUCAACAUGUCUCAAUACAGCCAAGCGAAAAAACAUGUUCCGAGACCACGUUAUCGGAGGAGGUGACCCGUCAAAUGAGCGACACCCCACGACGCUACUCGCCCUAUGUCCGACGAGGUGGACUGUCCGCUGUCAGGCUUUCCGUCGUUUUGUAGACAACUACGAUGCGGUGGUAGCAACGGUUGAUGAUCUGGUGGUGGAUAGUGGAGUGUCCCCUGACGUUCGCAGCAAGCUGCGCGGAAUCAAAACACAGAUGAGCAAGUGGGAAACCAUCUUUGGCAUGUUUGUGACGCUACAGGUGUUCGAGCCAUGCGAGGCUCUUGCUCGGAAACUUCAGAGCCCAUCUCUGACAUUUGGUGAAGCAGUUAAGGGAGCGGAGGCCUUGACUGACAUGCUUGAAACGCAACGCAGCGAUGACAGCUUCAACACGCUGUAUGCGAACGUCGAGGAAAAGGUGAAAUCUCUUGAAUCAGAGAUCCAGGACCCAAGAGAGCCAAGGCAGAAACGGCCGCCAAAGAAACUCGAGCAGGUGGCAAACCCGACGCCUCCCACCACGUUCACCGCUAAAGGUCUUCUUCGGAAGCAAUAUUUUGAGGCUCUGGACAUUGUUCACCAAGAAGUGAAGAGAAGAUUUGUGCAACCGGGGGUUCAACGCCUGAAGGCCAUGGAGGAACUCCUGCUCGCUGGAGACAAAGUACCCAAUGCGAGUGAAAUAGCACGCCGCCUCGCGGUUGCGUCACCAUCAGGUCCUGAGGGGAUCGGCAGUCAAGAGGCAAAGCAACCAGACAUUGAUGCAGAGAAGUUGUGUUCCCAGCUACAAGUCAUCCCACCUGCUCUCAGUCGCCAGAAAGCCAGCACUGUAAAGGAGCUGGCCACGAGCCUUUUUGGUGGUGAGGGUGGCAAGGUCAGGGGUGAGCUUCUGAGUGAGGUUGUGAAACUCUGCCGACUGAUCCUGACAGUGCCCGUCUCGGUGGCGACUGGUGAACGCGUUUUUUCGACAUUGCGACAGGUAAAAACCUAUGCUCGCAGUACCAUGUCGCAAGCACGCUUGUCGCACCUAAUGCUCCUGAACGUACACGAGAGGCGUGCCCUUGACUUGGAUCUACGUGUGGUCAUGCAAGAGUUCGUCGAAGCCCAUCCGGCAAAGAGGAUACCUGUCUUCGGUCGCAAGUGAGGAGACGCUGUGUGGCAGAACUCAGCGUGUGCGAGCGUCUGACAUUUUCGCCCCCCUCGAGGGAUUGGAGGCGAUGGUGGUCGGCGCCGGCGGUCGCGUUCACCGACUCCACGCGUCUUACGAGGCGCUACCGGCAUAGAUGUCAGCCGAGGGGAUCUCAUGGCCGUUCCGUCCAGGAGG